GUGUCCCUCUCCCCCGUCACCUCAAAGCCUCCCACAAACCCCACCGGAUCACCUCCUCCUCCUAUCUCUCCGCCGUUUGACAGGGAAGAAGCAGACGCCAUGACCUCCCGCGACGACAUCGCCGCCGCCGCCGGCCCUUUCCACAUCUACCAGCAGCUACCGAUGACGACUCCCGCGGCGGCCGCGCCCGCGGGCGACUCCGCCAUGGUCCCCGCGCCUCGCAAGAAGGCCGGCGGCGGCGCCGUGAAGGACCGGCACAGCAAGGUGAACGGGCGCGGGCGGCGCGUGCGCAUGCCGAUCGUGUGCGCGGCGCGCGUGUUCCAGCUGACCCGCGAGCUGGGGCUCAAGUCGGACGGGCAGACCAUCGAGUGGCUGCUCCGGCAGGCGGAGCCGUCCAUCCUGGCGGCCACGGGCACCGGCACGGCCCCCGCCGCCUUCGUCUCGUCCUCGGCGCCGUCCACCUCCUCCUACUACCACACGCUCCUCGGCAAGCGGCCGCGCGAGCAGGAGCAGGAGCACGACGCGGCGGCGUUCUGGGCGGCGCCGCGGCAGGACGUGUGGGGCUUCUCGCCGCUGGAGGCGCAGGCGGCGUACGUGCCGAUGGCGCAGGCCCACCACCACCACCACCACCUCAACCUGAACCUCCUCUCCGCGCUCUCCGGCGCCUACACCCGCGCAGAGGAGGAGACCCGGUGACUCGCUCGAGAUCGACCGAGCGAGCUUCUUACCCGUUUUGCGUUGGCGUCCGUGAUCUGUUUGGGGAGUUGGGACCAGGAGUGUUUCUUGGUUAAUCGGAGAUUAGUGUCAGCUGGGUGUGUGUGCGUGGUUCUGUAGGGUACCUCUCGAUCUCGAUCGACCUUUGUUCGUUCUGAAAGUUUAAUUGGUGAUGAAGGGAGUUGCCGCGGCACCAAGCGACUUACUGUAAAUGCGAGCCCAUUAGAUCUUAUUACAUUUCUGCUUGUACAA